UCGUUUCAUUUGUUGGCAUUGUCAAUAAGUUUGAACACAACCACUUUGUUAAUUACUUAUAAGACAAAUCCUGUGAAUCCAUUCAUCUACACUUUUGAGUUGAUAGGAUCUUCAAGAGAGAGAGUGAGAGAAUGGAAGAAAAGGGUGAUGUGUUGAGCAGCUUGCCAAGCGAAAUUCUGCAGCACAUAAUCUCAAUGCUUUCUCUGAAAGAGGCAGUUCAAAUCAGCACUCUAUCCACAUCGUGGAGGAGACUAAUGUGCCCUUCCCGCCUCAACUUAUCAUCAUCCAAUCAAGAGCUGCAUCACACCAUCCAAUCUCUGUCGGAAUCCGGCGCCGGUUUUCGGACAUUAAUCCUCCACCUCGACGCCGCUGCCUUGGCCGUCUGCACCAAAGGCGUCAACGGCGAACUCCACCUCGACUUCUCACUACACAUACUCAUCCCCACCACCUUCAGUUUGAUCGUCAAACAAGCUACUCGCCGCCCCUCCUUCUCUCACAUCAAAACUCUGCACCUCAGAUCGAUCCCCCGUCUCGCGGGAGACACGCUGAGCGAUCUGUGCUCGCGCGUGGAGGACUUGAAGAUGGAGAAAUGCAGCGGAUUAGAGAGCAUCGAGAUCGAAUCGAGCGAGAGCCUGAAGAAUUUGGAGAUCUCCGAUUGCCCCAACAUUGUGAGGAUAGUAUUGGUGUCUGCUCGUAAGCUCAAGUCGUUGUGGUAUAAGGGAGUCUUCCCGCUCAUUCGGCUUCUCAACGUUCCGAAUUUGGUCCGAGUGGGGUUGGAUUUGGGAGAUGGUUUAGGUGGGAAGGAGUUGGACUGCGAGGAUUGUGUGUCUCUUCUGUCCUCUCUCAAAGACAUCGAGUCCCUUCAACUCAGCUCUUGCCUCGUUGAGGCUCUGUGCUGUUGUGGGGUGAUAUUCAGGCAGCUGGAUUUCCGGUUCAGCCGCCUCAAGGAUUUGAAGAUGAUAUGCUCCAAAGUAAGCAGCAAAACACGCGAUUCAUUCGCGUGUUUCUUACACAUCACUCCAUCCUUGGAGGAACUAGAAUUGAGAGUGCGGAUUGAGCAGGGUUGGGGUGGUGGUGUUGAAUAUCCGACUCACUGCCAGAAUUGGCACGAUGCUCAUCUUUGGAAGGAUUACGCGACUGUCAAGGAGGAGGCGUGUCGACUCAAACACAUGAAGAGGGUCAGGAUUAUGGGGUUCACCAUGGAAAGAGAUGAGCUGCUGUGGAUGGAUCUUUUGCUCCAUAAUGGGAUCAAUCUCAAGGAGAUGAUCGUUGAUGAUUGUUGGAGGGUCGCGAAAGUUCCAUUUACUCAGCUCAACUACAUUAAACUUCAAUAUUUGUUGAUUCCUUGCCCUGAUAUUCAUUCCUAUUUUGUCUUAAUUGCGGAUUCAACUCCCAAAUUGUGAACUAGUACAUUGUUCUUCAUUAAUGGACUGCUGCAACUACUGUAAGGAUCAAUUUGGCGAGAAACACAUGGUUUAAAAAGAUACUCUCACAGGUUUAAUUGUUGA